AUGCCACAGAAAGGUCACAGUGGAGUUAACCAGCUUGGAGGUGUGUUUGUGAAUGGAAGACCUUUACCUGACUCUACCAGGCAGAAAAUAGUAGAGCUGGCACAUAGUGGAGCUCGACCCUGUGAUAUAUCCAGAAUACUACAGGUGUCUAACGGUUGUGUGAGCAAGAUCCUGGGCAGAUACUACGAGACCGGUUCAAUCCGUCCUCGAGCCAUAGGUGGGAGUAAACCCAGGGUGGCCACCGCAGAGGUGGUGGGAAAGAUUGCUCACUACAAGAGAGAGUGUCCUUCCAUUUUUGCCUGGGAGAUCAGAGAUCGACUGCUGGCUGAAGGAGUCUGCACCAACGACAAUAUACCCAGUGUUUCUUCCAUUAAUCGUGUGCUCAGGAACCUCGCCUGUGACAAGCAGCAAAUGGGCACAGUGGGCACUGAAGGGAUGUUUGACAAACUCAAGAUGCUCAAUGGACAAAGCACCUGGGGAGGACGCUCAGGCUGGUACACUGGGACUACAAUCACUUCUAAUGAGUGUCCACAGGCAGACGGAGGGGAGGAGAACACCAUCUCAGUGAGUUCUAAUGGUGAAGACUCAGAGGAGACUCAGAUGAGACUUCAGCUGAAGAGGAAACUGCAGAGAAACAGAACGUCUUUCACUCAGGAGCAGAUAGAAGCACUGGAGAAAGAAUUUGAAAGGACUCACUACCCAGAUGUUUUUGCCCGAGAGCGCCUUGCCAACAAAAUAGACCUCCCAGAGGCGAGAAUACAGGUUUGGUUUUCCAACAGACGAGCAAAGUGGAGGAGAGAGGAGAAGCUGAGAAAUCAGCGUCGUCAGGUGUCCAACUCCUCUAACCAUAUUCCCAUCAGCAGCAGCUUUAACUCCAGUAUUUACCAACCUCUACCCCAACCUACCACGCCAGUGUCCUUCUCAUCAGGAUCCAUGUUGGGAAGAUCAGAUCCAGUCCUUUCCAACAGCUACGGCCUUCCAGCCAUGCCCAGUUUCAGUAUGGCUGCCAGUCUGCCUAUGCAAGCAUCCAGUCAGACCUCAUAUUCCUGCAUGCUACCCACCAGUCCCACUAUAAACGGAAGAAGUUAUGAGACGUAUACUCCUCCACACAUGCAGCCACACCUUAACAGCCAGCCAAUGGGCUCCUCUGCAACGUCGUCAACAGGUCUGAUUUCUCCUGGUGUCUCAGUUCCAGUCCAGGUUCCAGGAAGUGAAGCUGACAUGUCCCAGUACUGGCCACGACUGUAGUGAUCAGCAGCAGUAAACGUUGCAAGAGAACUGUAUUGGACAUCAAUGCAUGACCAAUCUACUACCUACUUUACAACCUGAAUGUAAAAAAAAAGGACCUGUGAUUAACUGAAACAGACUGCGCAGCAGCAAAUAAUAAUGAAGAAUUGAGUCUCAUUGAUGAAUGCGAGGAAACAUUUAAACCAAAUUCUGGACACAAGCAGGAAACAAGGAGCGUGUCUACUCCACUCAACCAAUGGGAGGAUCUUAUUAUUGUUAACCAGUAAUGGUUCAACUACACCUGAUCUUGUGGAGCUCUCUUUUCACAUCAGUUACUGUUCAAGAUCUGUCUGUUGAGAACCCUCUUUUGCUGGCCCAGAAAUGAAAGCUACAGACUGAGCUGUACUCAGGAAGCUCAGGAACGUGGACCAUCUAAUGCUAAAAAAUUAUACAGCUCGGUAUCCAUUUGGACAUUAGGAGGGAGAACAUAUUACCUCUUCUGUCAGUUCCUUAUUUAUAUAAUGUUGUAUUUGUAUCAAAGACAAAGAUGGUGACUGAAUUGUAAAGGGAAGACGUGUCUAAAACUUGAACUGAACUGUCUUCUGUGAAUUUGUUUCAACAGCAUAUUCAAAAAGGCCUGUCCACAAAUGUGUAUAGAAUUUCAGAAAGUGGAUUCUGGUGAAUUGUGUUUGGUAUUGUAAAAUUCUUGAACUGGAUGUGAUCUGCUUACUAGCAUGGACUCUCUUUCAUGACCUUCAAAUGAUGUCUAUUAGGAGGGGUUGGGGGAUUCAACAUUUACCAUCAAUUAAGACAAGAAGCAGAACAAGUGAUGGCUUAUAUUGUGUCUGUAAUGUUAAUCUGUUUCUAAUUUCAGAGUGUAAAGUAUUU